UUGGGGCAGUCCGUAUGGCUUCACCGCGACCAAAUAAUGUGGAGAGUCUCGUGGGGCAUUCCGGGCGGCCGUCCUCGGAGCUUCUUUGCCCCUCUCGGGAGUCAGGACUACGUACGGAGUGUGUUGGAGGCAAUGACAAUGAACGCUCGCCCCUCUUUGCCUCUGGGUCGACUUUCUUCUGUCACAUUUUCUCUUCUUUCCUUCUGAUCCUCCUUGAGACCCUCAAUUAAGGACCUUCAGAAUAAUCAUCAUGUCGCUUCACCGCAACCCUCCCUUCCGUGCUGAGCACCUUGGCUCGCUGCUCCGGACUGAUGAGCUCUUGAACACCAAGACCGCCUUUGAGCAGGGCAAGAUCCCCGAGUCGCAGCUUAUUGCUAUCGAGGACAAGGACAUCAAGGAGGUUGUCGACGCCCAGAAGCAGCUCGGAUACCCUGGUGUCUCCGAUGGGGAAUACCGCAGACACAUGUUCUGGGGCUCCUUCUUCCCCGGUCUGGAGGGAUUCGAAGAGGUCAACGAGGUCGACGCCGAUGUCUUCCGUAACUACGCUCCCGAUGUCGCCGCUUUCCUCGAGGCCGGCCACAAGCCCGGCGAGAGCGUGAUCUGCACCGGCAAGAUCAAGCACGUUGGUAGCACCUAUGUCGACCAGUUCAAAUACCUCGCCAGCCUUGUUCCCGCCGAGGAGGUCAAGAACGUCAAGAUCACCCUUGCCGCCCCUAACUGGUACCACCUGCGGUACAAGGAGGGCAAGGCCUACCCCGCCGAUGUGUACAGUUCGGACGUCGAGUACUUUGCCGAUAUCGCCAAGGCUUGCCAGGAUGAGCUGCAGGUUCUGUACAACGCUGGCUGCAGGAACGUCCAAUACGACGACCCCAACUUGGCUUACUUCUGCUCCGACAAGAUGCUCGAGGGCUGGAAGGAAGACCCCCUCAACAACCAAACCCCCGACGAGCUCUUCACCAAGUACAUCAAGCUGUACAAUGACGCGCUCUCCAAGCGCCCCGCCGACUUCCACAUCGGCAUUCACAUCUGCCGCGGCAACUUCGUCGGCUCGCGCCACUUCUCCGAAGGCGGCUACGACCGCAUCGCCACCAAGCUCUUCAAGGAACUCAACGUCGACACCUACUACCUCGAGUACGACACCGCGCGUGCCGGCGGCUUCCAGCCCCUCAAGGAACUGCCCCGUAACAAGAACGUUAUUCUGGGCGUUGUCACCUCCAAGUUCCCUGAGCUCGAGGAUAAGGAGGAGAUGAAGCAGCGGGUGUAUGAGGCUGCGAAGUUCAUUGCUGAGGGUAAUGGGAUUUCUGUUGAGGAGGCGUUGAAGCAGUGCGGUGUUAGCCCGCAGUGUGGGUUUGCUAGUCACCGUGAGGGUAAUGCUAUUGAUCGCCAGGGGAUGAUUAACAAGUUGAAGUUGUUAACGAAUUGAUUGUUAAACGUGAUACAUGACAUACGAAGUAUAUAUAAGGCCGGGUACCUUGUGGAUGAUCUACGUUCCCCAAGUCAAUAAUUAAACCCGUUCAUUCAAACUAGUCUAAUCAUUCUAUCAACUCCAUUACUCCCCCGGUCCCAGAAUAUUCGCCUCACUAAUCGCAGAUCUCUUGUGCGUCUUGUUGUUCUCAAUCUAUCACCAAAGUCAGCUUCUCCCCCUCCCCCUUUUGUUUUCCUCCUCUAGACAAAGCGUACCUCAUAUCUAGGAUGCUCCUCUGAAGCAUGAACGUUCCGGUGCGUCAUGU